AUGGGACAAUAUGCUGCUCAGCUUGCUGCCCUCGGCUCCAUUCAUCCUGUUGGGGUGGCAUUAGUGGGGUUCAUAGCAGAUGACAAGCUUGCCCCUCAGGAUUCAACUAUCGCAUUUAUGAGCUCACCAAUGAUUGCAGAAAUGGUCAAAGCUAUGGGCCUACCCCUCACAGAGGAUAGUGCCUUGGCCAUGGGGAAGUUCCUAGUACAAUGA